AUGGGUCCUGAAAGGACGAAAUUCUGCGAUCUAUGCCAGCAGGACCUCAAGCCGUGCAGUUGGACCACCCAUCACAAGGCCUAUGAGAAGAAGGCUGAGAAACAGCGCCAGAAUCAAAUCAUGGUGGAAUCCAUUCAAAGGCAAAAUUUAGGUGUAGCAGCAGGUUCCUCAAAUCUGAGAUGUGUGAGGGAUGAACACGUUGUUAAUGCUGCAGGAAAGAGACGAGAGUGUGAAGCCUGGAAUGAGAUAGACAAUGACACAGGGCACAUUGAUUUUCCUGACGCAGAUGUCCCUGAGCAUGUGGAACCCACUUUCGAGGUUGACAACAUCAUGUGCGAAUACCAUCCAAGCAGGGUUGUUUCCAUCUUUCUUUCUAAUGUUCAGCUUCUGAUGAUCCUUAAGUUGUUUACUAAAGACGUGAUCUCGGCACCAUAUGAUGGUAUGAUACAAGAGUUUGAUUUGCAUUAUAAGAAUCUCUGGGAGUGGGCUAUCGACCUCCUUCAUGAUCCUUGGCUCUUUCUGCACAUGGUAUUUGAUGCGCAACGAUUCUCAAAGUUCAAUGGCAAGGAAUUCAUAAAUUUUGUAGAUGAAUCAUACACUGCUGAAGCUUUUUGGAAUAUUCAAUCUCAGCUACCAGAUGGUGCCAAGCUGCUAGGUUUCAUUCUCUAUGCCGAUAAGACUAAGUUGUCCUCAUUCGGCACCGCAAGAGGUUACCCUGUUGUUGCUCGUCUCGCAAAUCUGCCUACCAAAAUUUGCAAUAGUCAGGGUAUAGGUGGUGGCUAUGUCGUCGGAUGGCUUCCAAUUGUGAAGGAAGAGAAAGACCAUGCUGCAUUGAGAUCUAGCAUGGGACAAUGGUUUGAAUGUCUCAAUGACCUUCAACACUGGUUCUUUCCUCUGAUAUUAAUUUUAUCGGCCAAUUAUGAAGAACAAUGUGUUAUGUUGCUAACUCAAAGGAUCAAAUUGUUGUGGCCAUGCCCAUCACAGAACAUCUUGAAGGUUGCACGGGACAAGGAGACCACUGAAGAGAGAGAGAACAUGCUCAAACAAUAUGGACUUCGUGAUGUCUCAAACGCCUUUUGGACUGUCAUGUUCAUGCUCCAUUUUAACAGGGGCCUGUACCGCGAUCAUCUGUGGGCUGUACUGCAAAAAAUAAUCACUGGUUUGGGGAGAGCAAGUGUAGCUAAGAUGGACAACAAUUACGAGGCAUUUCCAUGGUGGCGAAAUCUGAAGCAUUUAGCGCAAGUUAUGAGCAUUUCAUUCAGUGAUAGUAGCGUGUAUGAAGAUAUUUCCAAGAUGGUGAUAUAUGCUGCACAUACCAUCAUCACUGAGGAUGAGUGUCCACUUGGCUACCACUUACUUCAUUGCAUCCACCUCUUUAUUGAAGUCGAUAUGUAUUCAGCGCUUGAGGUUCACACAACCGACACUAUCCAUGCAGGCCAACACGCUGUGAAAGUGUUCUCAAUGUAUCUACAGCAAUAUAUAACAAAAACGGCCGACAACAGUGACAAGAACUGGAACUUUCCAAAAUUGCACAUGAGUGUGCAUAUCUUCGAUGAUAUCGAAGCCAAAGGAGCAACCCACAACUACAACACAAAGCCGAAUGAGAAGAUGCAUGGGUCACUGAAAGACUCAUAUUUGAUGCAUAUUAACUUCAGGGAUGUCGCACCACAGUUACAAGACAUCGAAGAUGCACUGGACGAAGACAAUUUUGUGGUGGAUGAUUUGGUUGUUUUGAACGACUCCCCUCAUGUAAAGCUUGGGUCCAGACAAGCUCCACAGACCUUUGAAUCUGCCGAGAACACUCACAAGGAUGAUGGCGCAUUUACUAACUUUCAUAUCAAGCUCAAUGACUUUUUGACUAACUUUUUAUUAGUGAUUCAAGUCCCUCUAUCAGGUGGAAAGUGGGUCCAACUCAAAGCAAGCGAUAAGACGACCGACAAGAUCAUAUUUGGUCGCCUGCUCUUCAUUUUUGAAUGCACAGUGGAGGAUACAGUCUUUUCUCUCACUCUUAUUCACUCAUUUGAUGCUCCCACUGGCGUGCACAUCCGAAAGGACAAGCAUCUCAACAUCUUUCGUGUUCGAGCGAGACUCCGUGCACAGGCUGAGUUUUUUCAAUAA